UCUCCAUCAUUCUCAUCAUAAUUUCUCUCCUUUUUCUCUCAUUCUUCUUCGUCUAAGAAAAUCUUAACAAAAUCUUUUUUUCUUCCUCUGCAGCUAUAAGCUAUUGGAUAAAACAGUGAGAAAUAGAGAAGAAAGAGAGAGGGAGAGAUAGAUGGUGAUGAUGAUCAGUGAAGUUAGGCAAAACCAAAUUUCUAUUUAUGUAUAAUUAGGUCAAUCACAUCACCAAUUUAACCUUUUUCCUCCUCCAAUUCUCCUCCUCUUCUUUCAAAAUUAGGGUUUUUUUUCUUCUUUCCUCUUUUCUCAAUUCCUGAGUCACCCAUCGGAUUUCUCAUCAGAAAUGCUGUGAAAUCAUCUACUCGAAGUCAAGAACAUAAUCUUGGCCACACCAUAAAGAGAUCUGAGUUCUAUAAGAUGAUGACAAAUUUGUCUCUUGCAAGAGAAGGAGAAGGAGAAGAAGAAGAAGAAGAAGAAGAAGAAGAGGCAGAAGCAAAGAAGCCCACAGAAGAAGUGGAGAGAGAGCACAUGUUCGACAAAGUGGUGACUCCAAGUGACGUCGGGAAACUAAACCGACUUGUGAUUCCAAAGCAACACGCGGAGAGAUACUUCCCUUUAGAUUCAUCCUCAAACGAGAAGGGUUUGCUUCUAAACUUCGAAGAUCUUACAGGAAAGUUAUGGAGGUUCCGUUACUCUUACUGGAACAGUAGUCAGAGCUAUGUCAUGACUAAAGGUUGGAGCCGUUUCGUUAAAGACAAGAAGCUAGACGCUGGAGAUAUUGUCUCUUUCCUGAGAUGUGUCGGAGACACAGAAAGGGACAGCCGCUUGUUUAUCGAUUGGAGGAGACGACCUAAAGUCCCUGACUACCCGACAUCGACUUCUCACUUUCCUGCCGGAGCUAUGUUCCCUAGGUUUUACAGUUUUCCGACAGCAACUACUUCCACAAGUUACAAUCUCUAUAAUCAUCAGCAGCCACGUCAUCAUCACAGUGGUUACUGUUAUCCUCAAAUACCGAGAGAAUUUGGAUAUGGGUAUGUCGUUAGGUCAGUAGAUCAGAGGGCGGUGGUGGCUGAUCCGUUAGUGAUCGAAUCUGUGCCGGUGAUGAUGCACGGAGGAGCUCGAAUGAACCAGGCGGCUGUUGGAACGGCCGGGAAGAGGCUGAGGCUUUUUGGAGUCGAUAUGGAAUGUGGCGAGAGUGGAGUAACAAACAGUACGGAGGAAGAAUCUUCAUCUUCCGGUGGGAGUUUGCCACGUGGCGGUGCUUCUCCGUCUUCCUCUAUGUUUCAGCUGAGGCUUGGAAACAGCAGUGAAGAUGAUCACUUAUUUAAGAAAGGAAAGUCUUCAUUGCCUUUUAAUUUGGAUCAAUAAUGAUGAUGAGAUGAGUUGGUAUUUUAAACACACACAUAAUUCUACUUAUGUGACAACAUAUUGCAUCGAUUUCAUAAUGAAGUUAUUGAGAAGUGAUAUAUAUAUA